AUGGUGGAGGAGAUAAUAGAGGUAUCAGGAAUGCAAUUUAGUGCUCAACUGGGAGAAGUGCCACUUCAUGGUACAACAGGCCCCCCCAAAACUGUGAAGGAGAUUAGGUCAUUCCUAGGACAUGCAAGGUUCUAUAGGCGUUUCAUCGAGGACUUUUCAAAGAUAUCAAGGCCCCUAUGUCAGUUGCUUGGCAAAGAUGUGGAAUUCAAGUUUAAUAAAGAGUGCUUGGCUGCAUUUAACAAGCUUAAGGAGCUUUUAACGUCUACCCUUAUUAUGUAG